AGGAAACUGGGCAGAUACAGUGACUGUGUGUUUUACAGGAAGAGCGAAUAGGGGCAUCUGUUCCUGAUCAUGUACUGUGGAGAAAUUCAAAGGAAAAACCAAGGACCCCGCUACCUCACCUGGAAUAGGGAAACCGGGGCCCUGCCCUGGACUGGCCUAGGGGGGAACUCAUCGGCGAGCUCCUGGUGGUCGGGACCUUAUCCACGGGACCCGAACGAGCUACAUGGGACCGUCGUGUUGUGGACCCACCACCUUCAGGAGGAGUAGUGAGGGUAAGUAGUAACACAGUGUUUGCGUGAAAAUUAAACGUAAUGUUCCUGUAGUAUGCUAGCACAUUAGCUAGUUAGAAACGGCGUGCGUAUGAGAAGCAUGUUAACCUUAUUAACCUCAUAACCUUGCCUGAUUUGAGAUAAAGACAAAGCUAAGUUUUUCAGGCUAGAGGGCUUGAUGAAGUGUAAAUGUUUACGUCAUCUCACAUAAGCCGUAUUUUAUUACCAAUACCCUACUUUAUUCCUCAAAGCUCUUGGCUGCUUUUAGUGACAGAAUGGAUUUGCAAAUCAACUUAAACUUAUUUAUUUAUUUUAAGUGUACCUCUUACUCUGUCCUUUUCUUCUUUUUGCAGAAACAGGCUGCAUUUGUGUGAAAAUAGACUCAAUCAGGCUUAAUCGAAACGUGCAGAAAUCAUACAAAAAUACACACUUACAGAAAAAAAAAAAAAACCAAACACAUUGUAAUUCAAAUAUAUGAAGCCCGGAUUACAUUCAGUGAAGUGAAUGAUUCAUGUAAUGUAUACACAAUAUAUCACACACAGCCAAUAACUCCAACGGUGUUCAUACAUAAAGCUGUUAAAUCUCAGGUCAGAUUCUCUGUAUUAAUCGUUUAGCUGCAGUAAACAUUCUCCCCUGCCUGAUCUCCUGAAAAGUUUCUUUAUUCAUGUGCAAAAGAUCAUGUCUGGCUUUUUUAUCUGUCAGGAAUGUGGGACUGGGACUGUCUCAGCUCACUGCCUGUACAGGACCAGAGGAAAGACGAUGUGAGUGCGCCCCCUGUUGGUAGUUUGGUAUACAGCAUAGUGAGACAGGAGGCUUCACACAGUUGUUCUACACCAGACCUACUGUAUUGAGUGUGUGUGUGUGUGUGUGUGUGUGUGUGUGUGUGUGUGUGUGUGUGUGUGUAAUGAAAUCAGCCAUUAUGUAGCAUAAGUAUCAGCUUGUAACAUUCACAUUCAUCAUGCACAAACUCAUUAAAUUACACCUAACCAUGUUAUUUCACUGAAGAAGUGUUUCCUCUUUACUUAAAAUCCGGCUUGAAAAUGUCCAGACAAUAAACUUCCUUUUUUUUUCUUCUGUGUCUGACGGGACAUAAUGAGGCACGAAGGGAAGCAGGUUGAUUCUGAGUGGGAAUGAUUUUAGUUUCAGGUUCUGCAAUUCAUCGCUGCAAAUUGUGAACAUCUCGAAUACAAGUCCUUAUACAGUUCUUACUCGAAGAAGCACAAUGGAAAGAGUGUUGUAUAUCUGCGUUGGAAUUGUAGUUUACUUCAUGCUGUGUAUUGAGACGAUACCUUGGAUGAAGAAGCAAUGCAUAAAGACUGCGGAUGGUUCUGACUGCAGUGGUUUGGCCCUGCAGCUCGUACCGGACGAGAUCCCAGACUCCAUCAAAACUCUUGACUUCAGCUUCAACUACCUCCCGACGCUAUACAACUCAACUUUCCAGCGACUGAGGAGUCUGGUUUCGCUGGAUUUAACAAGGUGCAGCAUUAAUUUCAUGUACGAAGACGUCUUUGAACAUCAGCUCGACCUGGAGAGUCUCAUUUUGGUAGCAAACCCACUGAACUUCAUAUCAGACCGAGCUUUCGCAGGACCGCUGGCUCUAAAACACCUCAGUCUAGCUGGGUCGACGGUACGCAGUCUCACGGACGUCCCGACAGCCCAUCUUGAAUUCUUGGAGACUCUGGAUCUUCGAGGAAGCGACAUUCACAACUUAGACGGUCUGGAAAAUGUCCUGCUGCAACAGAUGAAGAGGCUUUUUCUAGGUAUGAAUUCGAUUGAGAAGAUAAAAACGGCGGACGUGGAGAAACUUCAGGGAACAAGCGGCCUGGAGAUCAGCUUUAAGGGAAAUGAUCUCGUUGAUGUCGAACCGAACGCUUUUCAGAACUUAGACAUGGGCAGCUUGGAUUUUAGUGGCUGCUUCAACAAAAUGGACAUUUCCGUACUGCUGAAGGGGCUAGAGGGAGUGAAAACGAACAAGCUUUACUUGGGGAUAUACGAGGACAGCGCUAAGAACUACAUCACGCAGACCGCCCUUCAGUCUUUCUGUAACAUAUCAGUGAGUGAUGUAGAUUUUCAGCUGCAACAUUUCCGUGAUCUCUCAAACACGGGCUUUAGAUGUUUCGCACACGUUCAGAAGUUAGAUUUCACCAGAGCACACCUUUCAGCAUUUCCAUUAAGCUUGUCCAACCUGUCCAUGCUGUCGCACUUGGUACUGGAUGACAAUUCUUUUCACAGCGUGUGCGAUGUUAACGCGGCAAACUUCCCCAAGGUGACGUAUUUGUCAGUGAGUAGAAACGGUAAAUAUCUUCACUUCAAAGAAAACUGUUUGGAACCGCUGUCCUAUCUGGAGGAGCUACAGCUUAGCCAUAGUAGCUUGAUGACUGGAGAUUUUUGCUGUAACAAACAACUGACUGGUCUCCGAGAACUAAAAUCCCUCAAUCUCAGCUAUAAUUUCCUCAUGAACUGGGAGCCACUGCCAUUUAACGCCACUCCGAAGCUGAAGCACCUCGACCUCACCCAGACCAAGUACGUCCUCAACAGCAGCUCUCCGUUUAGCAAUCUAGAAAAGCUUCAAACUCUUAAUCUCUCAUUCACAGACUUCAAACUGUUAGAAAAUGCCGAUAUACUGAAAGGUCUGACCAAGCUACGCGUGCUAAACCUCAAAGGGAACACGAUACAGGGUGGCGUGCUUGCAAAAACAAAGAACUUUGACUACAUUCCUCUUUUGGAGAGCUUGGUUCUCUCUUCAUGUGGCAUCAAGGCAAUCAGUGGAAACGUCUUUAAAGACUUUGCUUAUCUCAAUAAUGUAGAUCUCAGCGAAAAUCAGCUGGUUAAACUCCGCCUCGCUGAUUUCUACUCGCUGAACCAGAUCCAGCUCAACUUUGCCGGCAAUAAAAUUACAGUCGUGGAUGUUAAAAUUGUCGAAGACUUAGGGACACGCAGUACCAUUGAUCUGAGCUCCAACCCACUGGCCUGCAAUUGCACUACUUAUCCGUUUAUUAUGUGGGUUAAAGAAAAUUUUAGCAAAAUGAAGCACAUAGAAAGGACAUUUUGCAACGCCACAAAUGAGAAGGUUCUAGACGUAGAUCUGCAGUGCGUCUUUUCAAACCGAGCGUUAGGGAUUGUCCUCGGACUCGCGAUAGCGGUCACGAUUAUCAUCUCUCUGUUGUAUUUUGUGAAGAAAAUUCAGGCACGAUACAGAUCCUACUCAGUAUUGUAGAAAUACCAUGAUAAUAAAUCAACAGUAUAGCACACAAUUUGCACCCUGAUGAAAUUUUUUUUUUUUUAGCAAAAUUUAUAUUAUUUAAAAAAUAUAUACAUGAAUUGUUAAUUCCCACCCUGAAAUUAAGCUUGCUAGUGGUUUUAAUUAAAUAAAUUUAUACUUACAUUAGCUAGCUUGCUAGUACCUGUUUAUUUGAAGUUAAACGAUGCUUAAACUUACAAAAGCUAGCUUGCUAGUGCCUGUCUUUAAUUAAACAAUAUUUACAUUAGCUAGCUUGCUAGUAACUUUUAGUUAAAAUAUACUUUAACUUACAAAAGCUAGCUUGCUAGUUCCUGUCUUUAGUUAAACAAUAUUUACCUUAGCUAGCUUGCUAGUAACUUUUUAUUUGAAGUUAAACGAUGCUUAAACUUACGAAAGCUAGCUUGCUAGUGCCUGUCUUUAAUUAAACAAUAUUUACAUUAGCUAGCUUGCUAGUAACUUUUUAUUUGAAGUUAAACGAUGCUUAAACUUACGAAAGCUAGCUUGCUAGUGCCUGUCUUUAAUUAAACAAUAUUUACAUUAGCUAGCUUGCUAGUAACUUUUUUUUUUUAAGUUAAAUUAUGCUUACACUUACAAAAGCUAGUCUGCUAGUGCCUGUGUUUAAUUAAACAGCAUUUACAUUAGCUAGCUCGCUAGUACCUGUGUUGUUUUUUAUUUUUAUUUUUUAUAAAUGAUGCUUUAUAAAUAGCUAGCAUGCUAGUCUCUGUUUUACUUAAACGAUACUCACAUCAGUUAGCAUACUAGUGACGUGUUUUAAUUAAAUGAUUAAAUUUACAUUGUUUAAAUUUACACCCGUUUCCAGUGAAGCGAUCCUUAGACGUCCGGUAGCUAGCUUCUUAGCAAACGUGGCUAGCUACUAAAGUCCAAUAAACACACACGAAACAGUCUGUGUCACUGUAGCGAACAUACAGUAUCCCAGUAUUCUAUUUGUCUUUUCAAUGAACUGUUCUGAAAACAUUUGUGUGCGUAUAUUUUGAAGUAAAUGUAAAAAUGAAACAUGAAACAUGCUGACUGGAGAAUUAUUUACACCCCCCACAUAAAUAUACAGGAGAUAUUUUACUACUUUGGUGUGGAAACAACUCCGCUUCGCUUCAGGGCACAUUACACCACCCGGUCCUUCACGAUUAUUUUUCUUUAACAGCACAUAAGUUAUGAAGUUAUGUUUCAUUUCAUACAGCUGUAUUUAUUACUGUACAUAUACAUUUUAACCACGUAUAACUGGUUUUUGGGUUUCUACGUGUGGAAAGUUCAGGAAUUAGAAACUCUAAUGCCUCCAAUAAAUAAAUAAUAUACAAUCCUAAUGCACAGAUUGUGUUUAUAAAUCAUGAAUAAUAAUAAAUUUGUGUCAUGUGAUCAAACCUUUAUUUUCGCCCGGCCAUCUUCUCUUGCAUCACGGCCUUGUGUUUUUUUUUUUGUUUUGUUUUGUUUUUUAACCAUCUUGAGUGGUUAUAAAUGAUCAAGUCAUGUAGGGAUAAUAAGAAAGAGCUCAUACUCAUGCCUAUGUUUUUAAAUGAAGGCAUUAUAUAACCAGAAAUGAGCAGUGAUGAUGGGUUGUACUGUACUUCAAGGGAGACAGAAGCGUAAUGUCAUGCCUGUUUUAUUUUCAGAAUUAUACCAUUUUUAGAAGUAUAAAUAUUUGUAUAGAAUACAACAUCUAUGACAUCCAUAGAGCUUCCAUUGGGUGAAAUACAAAAACUCAAAACCACACUUCUUAUUGCACAGAUUCUAAAGACAGACGACGAUGAAGACGAUGAAGCAGGGCCGUUUAUACAAACACUAGCUUCACAGAACGGG